GGAGCGAGCAUGUUAAAAAAAAAAAAGUAAACAACAGAAAAGGCUUCAGAGUUUAGUUCUCUCUUCUUUGACUCUACAAUCUGUGGAAAAUGUCCAGAUUUCAGGAACUUAAAGAUUUAUUCAAACAGCGGCUGAUAAAUGCGGCUCGCGGUGAUUUGUUUGGAUAUUUCGAGAGAUCGAUAUCUGGAAUUGAAAAGGAGAUCGAUCACAAACGGAAACUGCUGGAUAUGGUUUUAAACCCCGACAUGAAGCUGCAGAGAGCAGUGUUCCCUGACGCUCUGCAGCUGUUGGAGAGUAAAGAGGAACAGGAGGAACUCUGGACCAGUCAGGAGGGAGAGCAGCUUCAAGGGCUGGAGGAGGCUGAUAUCACCGAGUUCACAUGCACUCCUGUCCCUGUGAAGAGUGAAGAUAAUGAAGAGAAACCUCAGUCUUCACAGCUUCAUCAAAGACAAACUGAACAGAUGGAACCAGAAGCUGAUGGAGAGGACUGUGGAGGAUCAGAACCAGCCAGGAACUCACAUCCACAUAGACAUUUACAACCAGAUACUGGUGACAAGACUUCAGACUCUUCUGAACCUGAAGACAAUGAUAAUGAUAAUGAUGAUGAUGAGGGCUGUAAGGAAACCAGUAAACCUCAGACAGGUUUAAACUUGCUACAUGAUGAGGUCCCUGUAAGUGAUGUGAUAUGUAACACCAUGAAAAAACUAUAUACCUGUUGUGACUGCGGUAAAACAUUUGUUCGCAAGAGGUCACUGCUGAGCCACAUGGCAUGUCAUACAGGAGAGAAACCAUUUAGCUGCUCACUUUGUGGGAAAGGAUUUGCCCGCAAGGAGACUCUGAAGGCACAUAAGAAACGGCACGCAAGAGUGAAACAAUUCAGUUGCUCAGUUUGCAGUCGAACAUUUACACAGCCGGGAUAUCUGACACAACACAUGGCCAUCCACACAGAGGAGAAACUGUUCAGCUGCAGUGUUUGUGACAAAAGAUUCACUUUGCAUUCACAGCUGACAACCCACAAAUGUCUUGGUGAGUCCUCACAGUUUCAUCAAAGUUCUUCUCAAACUGAGAAUAGAGAAGCAGAGCCUCCAGCCAGCAGCUCAACUAAACAGAUGGAAACAGAAGCUGAUGGAGAGGACAGUGGAGGAUCAGAACCAGAUAGACAUUUACAACCUGAUACUGAAGACAAGGCUUCAGACACUUUUCAGUUAAAAACUGAAGUCAGAGCUGAUUGGAAAGAGGCCAGGGAACCUCAGUCUGGUUUGACCUUCAAAAAUAACAAAGACUCUGUCAGUGAUGGGAGAUCUAAUUCUGACAACUCACUCUUUAUUUGCUCAGUUUGUGGUAAAACAUUUGGUUACAACACAAAUUUGCACAAACACAUGAGAAUUCACACAGGAGAGAGACCAUUUAACUGCUCAGUUUGUGAUAAAAGUUUUUCUUGGAAGCAAGACUUAACUCGUCACAUGAAAUAUCACUCUGAAGAAAAGUCUUACAGCUGUUCAGUCUGUAACAAACGUUUCAGAAACGGUACAAACCUUAUUACGCACAUGAGAAUCCACACUGGAGAAAAACCCUUUAAAUGCUUGGUUUGCAGUAAAACUUUUAGCCGUAAGUUUCUUAUGCAGGAACACACAAAACUGCAUACAGGGGAAAAAUCCUUCAAGUGUGAAUUUUGUAACAAAAGUUUCAUGCGGAGAACGGCGCUGGUUGUACAUACACGGAUCCACACAGGUGAAAAACCGUUUGAAUGUUCCAUUUGUGAGAAGAAAUUCAGUCAGGCUUCGACUUUAAAGGCUCACACGAGGACCCACACGGGGGAGAAACCACACAGCUGCUCUGUCUGCGGUAAAAGUUUCAUCCAGAGGUCUAACUUGGUGAAACACAUGACCUGCCACUCUCAGGAGAAAUAUUUCAGCUGUAGCAUCUGUGAUAAAAGAUUCACAAAGAGGUCACAUCUUAAAAAGCACAGGUGUGAUGACGAGAGCAGCGUCAGCAGCAACGAAUGAAGCUGCUGCUUCGGAGGAACUGUUCAGCAGUGACGUAAAUUUUUCACGAGAUUGUGAUGGGAUCUCAAUACGCAAACUAGAAUAUUUGCCUUUCCUGAAGAAAACGUGUAAUUGAUGUGUACAUUUAUCAAAGUUCUGUAAAUUGUACAAAACAUAUUGUAGCAUUUGUUUUGAAUUUUCCAUCUUUAAGGGCUAAGAAUAGGGUUAUAUUGGGUCAAGCAUCGGCCUUGAGGUCAAACUAAAAUUCUUAAGCGGAAGGAGACAUUCUCUCCUGUCCUGGAGACUCAGAGUAACUGUCUGUGAUGUUUGGGGAAGCAGAGGCCUUUCUGAUAAAGGGUAAAUCGGCGUUGCCGUGGUUACCGAGGUCCGAGGGGGCCCUUCCUAGACAACACAGAUAGGUGGCUGCAUAGAUUCCAUUGGCAUAAUCAGACUGCCGUGCUGACGGUGACCUGAAGCUGCGUGCAACGUUACCUGAACUAACACGGGUGAAGUGCAGUGCCUUGUUUAGAAACUAAUGAACUUAAUUGAACUAAUGUAAUUAUUCAUAUUGUUGGAUGAUCUGUUGGGAUUAAAGACCUAAAAGUCAGAUCUUCAUCUCUAGAACAGUAAGAGAUUGCAUCAUGUGCAGACAACCUUGAUGUUACUGUUUCUGUUCUCCGCUUGGCCAAGUGUUCAAUAAAUAUUCUCAGCAUAAGACAUCAAAGGCCUCUGGACACUUUCUUCACUGAUGAGUUGACCACUGAUCAGUGUUUCUCCACAACAGCAUUGCUUGGUAGCUCAACGGAGCACAUUUUUAUUCCUUUGCCACAGCAACAGCUAACCUGAGGUUCAGGUGUACUCAGUAAAACAAUAAAACAGUGCAUCUAACCCACUGGGUCUCUGAACUUAUAUUUCGCAUUAACUCUUCAUUAACAUGUCCCGGCACGUAAUGUAGCAACUUACACACAUUACCCAUUUCACCUCCAGGGAACUACUUCUCAGCCAAUUACCCGUUACAGUGGACAACUCCCUCAAUAAAACCAGUGCAAAACAAUGUACAUAAACAGAAACUUAUAUCUUAUAUUGUAUAUAUUGCAUUUUCACAGUAGAUACAAGUGAUAUAGGUACUAUUUUCUGAAAAAAGUAUUUUGAUGAUAGUUAGUAUUUAAGGCAAAAAUAAUGUUCGUCUUUGUUUGUUUGAUAAAUAUUUAAGGUCAAAAUUUUAAAUGCCA